AUCGGUUCGUCUGAUUCACGAGAAAGAACUUCGAACAGAACGAUUGGCUCGCGAAUCGGACAUCACUACGAUCGCAUGGCGAGGCUUGAGUCACUCAGACAUUGUAUAUUAUUUGCUGGAACCUUUCGCACUGUCCUUCAGUAGUGGCUUUGUCCAUGGCGUUCUUGCAGAGGACUGGAGACUACUGCCACGCUCAACAUCUACACGUCUAAACCCUGGGAGAAUGUGUUGCGCUCUUUUCACUGAUUUCUGGAUGCACUGAGACGCUCUUCCCUCUACUACUUGUGGUCCUGCAACCCAAAACUCCUCUCAAAUCUAAUGGGGUGAUCUUACCUCUUUGGCUACGGCAAGCCAUUAGAGAGGGAAAACAAGAUAUUGGGAACUUUGAACAUCGAAGAGUUUUGCAGUGUUUUAUUCACGAAGCAAGAUCAGAGGCUGAACAAAACGUGAAGAGCGUCCUUUUGGUGAAUUUGCUUGUGAACGGUUUGGACACUGAGUUGGAGGAAGCACAAUGGCUCGGAUGAACCGGCCGGCCCCUGUGGAGGUGUGCUACAAGAACAUGAGGUUCUUAAUCACUCACAACCCAACAAACUCCACUCUGAGCAGCUUCAUAGAGGAUCUUAAGAAGUAUGGUGCCACAACGGUGGUCAGAGUUUGCGAGAUAACCUAUGACAAAUCUCCACUGGAGAAGGAUGGGAUAACUGUCGUGGACUGGCCAUUUGAUGACGGCGCUCCUCCUCCCACUAAGGUUGUGGAGGACUGGUUGAGUCUCCUGAAGAGACGCUUCAUAGAUGACCCCGGUUGCUGCGUGGCUGUGCACUGCGUGGCCGGUUUAGGAAGAGCUCCAGUACUUGUGGCUGUGGCACUGAUUGAAAGUGGGAUGAAGUAUGAAGAUGCCAUCCAGUUCAUCAGACAGAAGCGCAGAGGUGCAAUAAACAGCAAGCAGUUGACAUAUCUAGAGAAAUAUCGGCCAAAACAGAGACUGCGCUAUAAGCACCCGCACAUUUUCAAGAACAAGUGCUGCAUCAUGUGACUGCACCCUCACCCUACUGUUCUGAACCGAGCUGAACCGGAUGGACUGGGCCACAACUGAUGCACUUUUGCUGAUUUGCUAUACA